AUGGUGUUCGCUUGGGCUGACUCGCGUGUGUGCCCGUCGGUGACGCUGGGCCUGGAGCCUGGCGAGGCCUUCACCAGAGAAACUCGAGAGAGAGUUGAGAGGAGAGGAAGAAGAAGCGGCGCUGCGAGGAGGCGGCGCCAACCACAGUUUGUACAUCAGGAAAAAAAUGGGUUGAAUCUGAAUAAACUUUUCUUCCAUCUGUUUCUGACCGGAGCUGCUUGGUUGGUGUCUAUCAGCAACUUCGUCGAGGACUGGGUUAGGAUCGGCUUCCUGGCGAGGAAGAAGGUGAAGGCCGAGUGCUCCGAGAUGCCUUUCGAGGACCAGUGCGGCGUCUUGGAAAAGGAGGCAGUCAACGUGUCCCUUCAAAACCUCAGCACCUACCCGUUCGUCAAGGAGGCUGUGGCCAACGGGGCCCUCAAACUGGUCGGCGGCCACUACGAGUUCGUCUCCGGCCAGUUUGAUACUAAUUGGGAGCUGUAA